AUGGCACUAUGUAUAUUGGGUGCAUUCAUCUCAUUUAACACAGUAUUUCAGUUGGUAUCUGUUUUCACUGUUACAAGCGAAGGAAGUGAUAGUUUUAGAUGGAAUGAUAAUGUCGGUGGAAAAGAUAGACUGUCAAAGAAAUUCCUCUACCUGAACGACGACGUCAUGUUCGGCCGACCGGUGUAUCCCGAUGAUUUCGCAACCAAGGGAGGCGGCCAAAAGGUGUUCCUCUCUUGGCCAGUGCCAAAUUGUAACGAUGGUUGUCCAAACAAUUGGGUGGGUGACGGAUUCUGUGAUGCCGCUUGCAAUGUCACACUGUGUGACUUUGACGGUGGCGACUGCAACAACUCCACCGGUAAAGCGAAAACACGUUGGUGGAAUCGAAACACUGGUGGCGGUACCAGUACAACAUCUCGUACCGACACCAAAGCUAGAAACUACUGUUCUCGUAGUUGUCCUGACGCCUGGAUCGGUGACAAACAUUGCGAUCGUAUGUGUAAGAACAUUGACUGUGGAUUCGAUGCCGGUGAUUGUGGUGUUGAAAUUAUGUUUAAUGAAAUGUUGGGAUAUAAUAUAACAAAUCAAACACAUAUAGAAAUAAUAAAUGGAACGAAUGCAGUUUAUUUCAAUCUGACGCAACUUGUUGGUGAAGCGACUAUUACCGAUGGAUCACAUGACAAUGCAGUGUUGGUGAGAACAGCGACAAUCUCUCAAAAGAAUAAGAUAAUGACAUUGACAUUCCAUCAUAAUAUACCGUACCAGUCGGUAUCGAUUUCUAUAUCGUAUGAAACUGGAUCGGGUGACACGAAAAAGACAUUCACUAAGGAUUUUAAUAUUACACUAUCAACUAUUGUCAAUACAACUGAAAAACCUUUAUCUACAUUAACACCAUUAACUAAUCAAACAACAACAACAAAGACAGCUACUUCUACACAAACCAAUUCAAAUUCAACAACAAAAACAGUAAAAACAUCAAGAGAGCAUACAGCAUCAGAUUUUGAAACAUCAUCAUCAACAGAAACAACACCAAAUCCAACAGAAACAGUUAAAUCAAUAUCAGUAGAGAAUGUUAAUGAUAAACAAGAUUGGAUACCAAAGAAUAAUAAUAAUAAUAAUAAUGAAAAUGAAAAUAAUAAUGAUAACAAUGAGAAUCACAAUACAGAUGCAAAAGAUAAUCAAGCGAGUCCAUUGAAUAUAAAAGAAGAACAUUCAACAAAAGGCAAUAGUAAUCCUGCUUCUGAGCAGUUGGAUGAUGAUUUGGUAUCUGGUGGUAGUACACAAGAUCAAUCUAUGGAUAGAGAGGAUUCCAUUACCGAUUUGGAGAAUGCACUCAAUAAACCAGAGGGUUCAAGUGUCGCCGAGAUCUUCAAUUCUCUCGGUGAAGACGUCAAGUUGUUUACAAACAACAACGAUGAACGAAGUAAUAUAGUAGCAUCCAACGAUUUCAACGAUGACAACAACAACAACAACGAUCAGUUAAACAAUGCCGACUUGAUAGAUAUAUUGGAAGAUAAGAUAUUCGAUAAUCAAGAUGAAAAGAAGCAACAACAGGAAAUAAGUGGUACAGGUAGACAAUUGUUGAAUAUCCAAGUGGAAGAGGAAGAGGAAGAGGUGGUGUUGAAUUCAAUUGCAGCAUCAUCAGCAGCAGCAGAGGAUCCAGAUGAUUUGCUUGUAAUGAAGUUUAUAGAACGCAAAUCUGAAGAGGAAAAGAAGUUGGAGAAUCAUUACAUUGCCAAACAACGAGAGUUGAUGCUUAGCAAAUCCAAUGAGGAUCCAGAGAUGUUGGCAUUUGAGAGAUAUAUGCAAAACCGUGAACUAGAGAAGAUUCUCAAGGAAGAAGGUGAAGUAUUCCCAUGGGAGGAAACCGAAGACAUCAAACAAGAGAAACCAGCCGCCCAAAGUAGAAAACUAAUGGAUAUGUUUGGUGACUCACUCAAAUAUGUAAAUCGUCUCUACACUGUCGAAUUUGGUCCAUCACCAAGAAAAGUACCUGCUCAUAUGCCACAUAUGAUUGAUAAAGAUUUAAUGGAAGAAAUUCAAACAAAGUGGCCAGUUCAAUGGGAAUCAACAAGUAGUCACAGUUUGAGAAAUCCAAGAGAUAUGCAAUAUGCAUUCUCCUACUUUUACUAUAUGAUUCACAAGAAGGUACCGUUCGAUUUCGAUAAACUCUGGCACUCGGAGAUCGAUAUCAAUGGCGAUGGCUGGUUGAAUGAGAAUGAACUGCGAUCGUUUGCCGUCAAUGUCUAUGGUACACCGGUGAGAGCCACCGCCUUCAAGGAGUUCAAGUCGAAUCUCUACAAGGCAUGUCACUCACUGCGCCAACAGGAGCAACUGGCCAACGGCGAGAUCACCAACAUCGUCGAGUUGGACAACCGCACCCUCGAGAUAAGCGGAGUGGAACUCGAGGAGUGUCACAUCACCAACGAGGUGGUGCGUGCAUCGAACAAGACCUUCGAGGACGCACGUGUAUCCUACUCGAAGCGCAACUUCUAUCAGACCACCAUUGAGGGUACCGACGAAGUGGCAUUCCUGAUGGUCGACGACAACUACACGGUGACUCAGAGUCGACUCGACGGAGUCAGACAGCGUCGUCACAAAUUCAUCUGUCUCAACGACAACAUCAAUCACGACAAACCGACGGCGCCACUCGCCAUCAAGGUUGUACACGACUUUUACGAAUCGCUCUUCCCACGACCAUCGUCGUUCGAGUUGCCCGCUUCGACCACCAAUCACUUCCAGUACAUCGGUGACAUCGUCAGCAUCAAAGCCGAAGACAACCAAAGAAAUCACACCACCAUCUUACUCCUAAGUGGUCUAAUCGUAUUUGUAUUAUUUUUAAUUUGGAAACAACAAAAAUCAAAACAACUAUCAAGACAAAAUAAGAAAUAUUAUAUCGUCUAA